AUGUUUUAUAUAUUUAAUUUAGUAACUUAUUUGGUUGUUGAUUGUGGCGGUGGAACCGUAGAUUUAACAGUAAGAAGAUUAUUACCAGGCGGUCGAAUAGCAGAAACAACUGAACGUACAGGUGAUUUUUGUGGUGGCACUUAUGUUGAUGACGAGUUCAUCAAAUUUCUUGAGGAGAAAGCUGGUAAAUCUGCUGUAAAAAUGUUAAAGGAGAAGCAUUACGAUCAAAUUAAUUAUAUGGUGCAUAAAUAUUUUUGCCCUGAAAUUAAAAUUCCUUUCAGUGGUAGAAAGGAUGGUUUUAAAACUAUUGAAUUUGACAUUGAAAAAAAAUGUCCUGCACUUAUCCAAUAUAUAACCGGUUCGGAAAGAGACAAUUUGGAAGAUGAUGAAUGGCUUAUUGAUCUUGAUUUUGAUACUGUGAAAUCCUUUUUUGAUCCGGUAAUUAGAAAGGUUUUAAGAUUGAUCGCUUUACAAUUAUCGAAAUGUCCGGAUUGCUCUGUGCUAUUUUUGGUUGGAGGCUUUGGUGAAUCAAGGUAUCUUCAACAUAGAAUUAAAGAAGAAUUUGGAAAUCAAGAUUCUAAUGGUAGGAUAGACAAGUUUUACUUAUUAGCUAGCAAGGGAACAGAAGUGGAUGUGGAAAAAGAGUUUUCCGAUUCUGUGGCUCCAGUGUUUCCGGAUCAAACUGCUAUUUUUGUUCAAUUUUUCUAUACAACCGAAUAUAAUGCAACAUAUUGUGAUGAACCUCAUAUGAGAAAGUUAGGUAGUUUCAGAGUUGAUGGCAUACCUACUGAGAGUUCAGGAAAUAAUCGUUCUGUGCUUAUAUCAUUGC